CCAACUACCUUGAACUCAAAAAAUUUGGGUACGUGUCUACCCGGUGAACACAGCAGCACAGUUUCCCAUGAAUAUGCAUCCAUGAUAACUCCUCCCUAAUCAUCCAUAUUCCAUAACAGUACCGUCUACAGAGCUGCAGACAAAACAAUCAGAAAACACAUACCACAUUCACGGCAGUAGACAGAGAAAAUUAAGGUGAAAAUGGACGCUGCAAUGAAGCAGAAAGUAGAAGAAACAGUGUUAGAAAUCCUUCGAAGCGUCGACAUGGUAAAGAUGUCGGAAUUCGAUGUUCGCAAACUCGCCGGCGAAAAACUCGCCAUCGACCUCUCAGAACCUUCUCGUAAGAAGUUUGUCCGACAAGUUGUUGAAGGUUUUCUUCAGCAACGAUUACAGGAACAGCAGCAAAACGACGCCGUUGAAGGAGCUGCUGGAGGUGGUGAAGUCGAAGAAGAAGAAGAGGAAGAAGAGAGUAAUAACAGACGCUCUGAUGGCAAAGAAUACGAUGAUGACGGCGAUCUCAUCAUAUGUCGAUUGUCGGAUAAGCGAAGAGUGACGGUACAAGAUUUCAAAGGGAAGACAUUGGUGUCAAUUAGGGAAUAUUACGAGAAGGAUGGAAAAUUUCGUCCUACCUCUAAAGGAAUUAGCUUAUCUGCUGAGCAGUGGUCCACCUUCAAGAAGAGUUUGCCGGCUAUAGAGAAAGCUAUUGACAAAAUGGAGGCAAGGUUGAGCUGAGGCCAAGGUGCAAAUGAACAGAAGAUGAAUGCAAUUUAAUGGAAUCAUCAAUCAGGCAUCCGUAGCGUGAUUAGUGUUGUGGUUCAGCUUUAUUAUCAAUUGCGAAUACAUUCCGAGCUUUUCGAAAUUCUGGUGAUGUUUUAGUUAGUAUUACCUGUGAAGUCUCUUGUGUACAAGACUAUGCUGGCCGUAUAGAAGUCCCAUAAAUCCAUCAAAGUUUGAUACUUAUUACUUGUCAUGUGUUUUUUGCCCUGUAAUGUUUCUUGAGGAAAGAAUUAAGGAGUAUUGCUGUAUCGGUAUUCUA